AUUCGUGGCUAUUGCCAAUGACAUUACCUUCAGGAUUGGAUCUUUUGGUCCCAGAGAGGAUGAAUAUUUCUACCUCGCUACCCAAUAUGCCCGCAAGCUCGGAGUACCCCGCAUUUAUCUGUCCGCGAACUCUGGAGCUCGUAUCGGCUUAGCAGAAGAAGUGAUGAACCUUUUCUCGUGCGCAUGGAAUGUACCAGGUCAACCGGAGAAAGGCGUCAAUUACCUUUACCUGACACCUGAAGCGGAACUGAAGCUCAGAGAGAAGGGUUCAGGAGCUGUUCGAACAGAACAAAUCGAAGACGAAGGAGAGGUUCGGCACAAGAUUACUGAUAUCAUUGGCUUACAAGAUGGUCUCGGUGUCGAGUGCUUGAAAGGUUCAGGCUUGAUUGCUGGUGAGACCUCUCGUGCCUACGACGAUAUCUUCACGAUCACUCUUGUCACUGCUCGCUCCGUUGGCAUUGGUGCAUAUCUUGUCAGACUGGGCCAGAGAGCUGUACAAGUAGAAGGCCAGCCUAUUAUUCUCACUGGCGCUCCCGCUUUGAACAAGGUCCUCGGCCGCGAAGUUUACACCUCCAAUCUCCAGCUCGGUGGUACUCAAAUUAUGUACAAGAACGGCGUGUCACAUCUCACUGCUGGUAGUGACUUGGAUGGAGCGACCCAUAUCCUCAAAUGGCUGUCCUAUGUACCAGAGCACCGUGGCGCACCGCUCCCGAUCACUAUUUCUCGAGAUUCAUGGGAUCGUGACAUUGACUACGUACCACCCAAGGGCCCCUAUGAUCCAAGGUGGUUCAUCGAAGGAAAGCGUGACGAGAUCUCGUCUGAAUGGAUGAGUGGCUUCUUUGAUGAAAGUUCUUUCCAGGAAACCCUCAGCGGUUGGGCACAGACGGUGGUCGUUGGCCGAGCAAGACUCGGUGGAAUUCCUAUGGCCCGUACGAUAGAACGUAUUGUCCCUGCGGACCCUGCCAAUGCUGCAUCCUUUGAACAAAAGAUCAUGGAGGCUGGUCAAGUCUGGUACCCUAAUUCUGCAUACAAGACUGCCCAAGCAAUCUUCGAUUUCGAUCGUGAACAACUCCCUCUCAUCAUAUUCGCCAAUUGGCGUGGCUUCUCUG